AUGGCAAAACGACGCUCGGGCAGGGCAUCGGCCCAACAAGAGAUGACGCUCCCGUCUGUUUUGUCGUCCCCGUGGGCCUUUCUUCGUCCUACCACCGAUCUCCAUUCCACUGUGACCGAUUCCGCCAAACAAUUCCUCGAUCCCUUGGCGGCGUCAAUCGUAGACGCUCAAUUCACUCGUCGACAGAUCAACAAGAAGCGCAAGAGGUCAGAGUUGGGACCGGAGGAUUCGCAGCCCCUACAACUCAAAAACCUUUACGUGGACGGCUUCACCUCGAAUCAAAUAUGGGAACAAGCGACAAGGAUCCUGGAGUCUGCCGGAGGUGAAAUCGAGCGAGAUAUCGCUUUGAUUUCAAAGAAUCAGCAGCCAUCCCUCGAUAUUUCGGACCCUGAGGACGCAGAAUCGAUCAGCGACAGCCAGAACAGCUUGUCAGGUGUCUCCGAGGAUGAGGCUAGCAUCGAUGGGAGCAUGGGGACUGGCUUGGAGUCUGACUUGGAGAACUCUCAUCUGGACCUCGAGGAUUCAGAAUUGGCAGACGAGAUGGCUGAACCUUUGUCCGAAGACGAAGAAGACGACGAUGCCUCGGCUGCUGAAGAGGACCCGGGCACCUACGCAGAUGACAAAUUUGGGUUAAAUGAUGGAUUCUUUUCUAUCGAUGAUUUCAACAGGCAGUCCGAACUGCUGGAGAGGCAGGAUGCUAUGGGGGCACCAGAAGAAGAUGAGGACUCCAGCGAUGAGAUUGAUUGGCAUACGGAUCCGCUCCUCGCUGGAAACGCUUCAACUAUCCGCGAGAAGGAUGGACGGAAAAAACCAAGCAGCCUCGAGGACGACGAGGAUGAUAGCAGCGAAGAGGAAGGGCCAACGUUCGGCAAUGCCGAUCUCAAUGCCGAUUCGGGCUCUGACGACGAUGAGAAUCUUUCCGACGCUGCUGGGAAUGACGCUGCUGGCUGGGUUAACACCAGCGAUAUCAAAUACGCCGAUUUCUUUGCUCCGCCACCGCGCAAAGUGUCAUCCAAGAAGACGCGCGCACUCCCGAAAACUCAACCCAAAGAGACCAUUAUGGAUGAGGAUAUCGACCGAGCCAUGGAUGAUGUUCGACGCGAUUUGUUUGAUGAUGAGCCUUCUGAUCAAGGCGAAGAAGACGACAUGGACGAAUCGCCCGACGCUCAGGGCGAGCGUUCCACUCACGAGAAACAACGCGCACGUAUUGCAGAUGAAAUUCGUCGCCUGGAAGCGGCAAAUGUGGCGAAGAAGGAAUGGAUGCUUGCUGGAGAAGCCCGGGCUGUGGAAAGACCGGUCAAUUCUCUUAUCGAAGAGGACCUUGAUUUCGAGAGAGUCGGGAAACCGGUCCCGGUCGUCACAAAUGAAACCACCGAGGACAUUGAAGAAUUGGUCAAGCGUCGAAUUCUCGCCAAUGAGUUUGACGAAGUGCUUCGCCGUCGGCCAGGCGCUUCGGAUACGCGGGGUGCCAAGAAGAGUCGGUUUGAGCUCGACGAUACCAAACCGCAGCAAAGCCUCGCAGAGCUCUACGAGACCGACCAUCUCCGUGCUACGGAUCCGAACUUUGUCGAUGCGAAGGACCGCAAGUUGAUGCGGGACCAUGCCGAGAUCAACAACCUUUGGAAGGAGGUCAGUUCCCAGCUGGACACAUUGUCCAAUUGGCACUACAAGCCCAAGGCCCCGCAAGCGAACAUCAACGUUGUGACCGACGCUCCCACCAUUAUGAUGGAAGAGGCGCGUCCGACGGCAGGCAGUGCUGCUGCUGGGCCCACGGGACUUGCGCCCCAGGAAAUCUAUGCGCCUGGAGACGACGGCCGAGUCGCGGGCGAAGUGGUCCUCAAGAAUGGUGCCAGUGCGUCCCGGGAGGAGAUGACUCGGGAGGAGAAGGCCCGGUUGAGGCGGCAGCAGAAGAAGAACAAGAGCAAGGAGAAGACCCAGUCCGCCGGCCAGCGGCCCAGCAAGGCGGCCGAGAAGGAGCAGCUGGUGUCGGAUCUGAAGAAGGGCGGCGUCAAGGUGAUCGACAAGGAGGGCCGGAUGACGAAUGUCGAUGGGGGCAAAGUCAGUGCCAGCGCAAAGAACCGCGCCGAUACCCUGAAGUUGUAG